CGCAGCGGACUCCGUAGAAGAGUGGUCAGUUGUUAGGCUACAGUGCGACCUAAGUGACAGGUAUCCGCCGUCUGUCCGCCAACAACCGGACACAUUAGCGUAAUAAAGACAUCCAUUAAUGUUUGUCUGUAGCUGUGCGGUAGAUAAGUUCAUAUCGCACACCGAAGGUCAUUUCGCGCAGUUCGCUCACCUAGCAGGCUAAUGUGCGGUAGCUGGCUGGCUAGUUGGUAAGCUAACGACAGCGUCAAAAGGAAGAGAAGAGCGGAAAACAAACGCAGCUGUUCAUAAAAAGAAAAGAGAGCAAAUAGACUGCAGCAGUGCCACGAUGAAUGUCGCUAAAAGUGGCUACCGUGUCUUUUCCGCAAACUCCUCCGUAGCAUGCACAGAGUUGGCCAAGAAGAUAACAGAGCGGCUGGGAGUUGAACUGGGGAAGUCUGUGGUCUUUCAGGAGUCUAACAGAGAAACUAGAGUGGAUGUGAAAGAAUCCGUGCGAGGACAAACUAUCUUCAUCAUUCAGACCAUACCACGAGAUGUCAACACAGCCAUCAUGGAGCUGCUGGUCAUGGCCUACGCCCUCAAGACCUCUUGUGCAAAGAACAUCAUUGGAGUCAUUCCUUACUUCCCCUACAGCAAACAGUGCAAGAUGAGAAAGAGGGGCUCAAUAGUGAGCAAGUUGUUAGCUUCAAUGUUAGCUAAAGCAGGAUUAACACACAUCAUCACCAUGGACUUGCAUCAGAAGGAGAUCCAGGGCUUCUUCAGCUUUCCAGUGGACAACUUGCGUGCCUCCCCUUUCUUGAUUCAGUACAUCCAAGAAGAGAUUCCUGAUUACAGAAACGCCAUCAUUGUGGCAAAGUCCCCGUCAGCAGCUAAGAGGGCUCAGUCCUACGCAGAGCGCCUGCGUUUGGGCCUGGCUGUGAUUCAUGGCGAGGCUCAGUGUUCAGAGUCUGACAUGGCUGACGGAAGACACUCCCCACCGUGUGUACGCAACACCACGGGACACACAGGGCUGGAGCUUCCUUUGAUGAUGGCCAAGGAGAAACCUCCCAUUACUGUAGUCGGAGACGUGGGAGGGAGAAUUGCAAUCAUUGUGGAUGACAUUAUAGAUGAUGUCGGAGACUUUGUUGCAGCUGCAGAGAUCCUGAAAGAGAGAGGAGCCUAUAAAAUUUAUAUCAUGGCCACACAUGGCUUACUGUCUGCCGAUGCUCCACGCCUCAUAGAGGAAUCUGCCAUUGAUGAGGUGGUGGUGACCAACACAGUCCCCCAUGAAGUACAGAAACUGCAGUGUCCCAAAAUCAAGACCGUGGACGUCAGCAUGAUAUUGGCUGAGGCCAUCCGCCGCAUCCACAACGGAGAGUCCAUGGCCUACUUGUUCCGCAACAUCACCGUGGACGACUAGAGAGUGUCAGAGAGUGAGAGCUGAGGUGGGUCUGAGGGUGACUGAGGGUACUUCUUCCCUGUAAAAACAUGCUCAUGUCAUGUUCCAUGUAUUGUGUAUGUCAGGAUUACAUGUAUCCUAAAGAAAUAGAAAUUCUAAGAAUUACCCAGAAUUAUUUAACUUCUCAUCACAAGUUGUUAAAACAUAUUUCUUUUGCAUCUUGUUGAGAAAGGAUGAUAAAAGUGCAAACGAGUGACUUUGAGCUUUAACGCACCCAGUCAUAUUUUAAAGCUCUUGUCUUGCAGCUAUUGUUGAUCUUCCAACUCGAACAGAAGAUGCUUUCUAUUUAAAAAAAAAUAUUUUGUCAUACACUGCAGUACCUCAUAUGUAAUGACUGAGCUUCAACAGCAAAAAGAGAAGAGAAUAAUGUGUGUCCCAGUAACAGGACUUGUGCUUUACCAACCCUUCUCCAGAUGCUCUUACUGGCCCCUUAUGAUUACGGCUGCUCGGCACUGUGAUUUCUUUUCAUUUAACGGGGUGUGUUGUUUCCAACCACACAGACAAGACUGGACAAACUCCUGCCUAUUGGUGCCCAAACUAUAUUUUUAUGCAUUUUCUUCUCUUUGCACCAUUUGUGGGAACGUUUGGUGAAAGAAGAAGUUUCAGCAGAAAUGUAUAAGUCACCAUUUUAUAUUGUAUGUAUUAGGGUGUCAGUUCAGCUAAAGUAUAACAACAGAUAUUGUCCUACUUACCCGUAGUAGUAACUAGCCAGUAAGAUAGUUUUGGUUUCAUGCUAUGGGUUUGAGAUUCCUGCUGUAACUCCAUUACAAUGAAGGUAAAUAUAUUUUCAUUUAUGACGCUCGAAGCAUCAAAUUAUAAUUUUAAAAAACUGAAUAAUCAGACACAAAGACUUAAAAACUCAAUGUUCACAGUGAGAUCUGCGGAUUAUCUUGAGUGCUUUGGACAUUUUUUCUGGACAGGCAAGUAUUUAAAAGAUUUGAACCCGACAAAUGAAAUAUCAUUCACUUCCACUGUAUUGUUGCAUGGUUGCAUAUAGCAGUAAGUGGGAAAUGUUUUAUUUAUUGUUUUGUUGUUUGGAUGAACUGCCCCUUUAAUAUAUUCUGUAUAUCUAGCAGUAGACUGAACACACUUAGUCCAAUAUUGUGCUCAAUUUAACUGCCUGAUGGUGACUGUGACCGACACCAUCACAAUGCAUAUGAAUUACAUUUAUAGCUAAUAGGACCAUCUUGGUUUUAGCCAAUUAACUACAAGCUAUGAACACCAAACAUUACUGCCGGUGGUUUUUCAAAGCAGAACAAGGAUUUUCUUUGUGUUUUCAGUGAGUUUCUCUAAAGUCGUUGGUUUUCUUUCAAUUCAAUAUUUCAAUAUGCGGCGCUUUACAGCUACUAACUUUGAAGUCUUGAAACGUGAGUGGGUAUACCAGCACCUGAAUGUACUAGAUAAGUGGACUUGAGCCAUGCUUUAUGCAUUACUUUACAAUGACAACUUUGAAAACUCAACAUAGUGGGCUACUGGAGUUGUUUUUUGUACAGAUGGCUGCAUAGAAGAUACUAAAAGAAAAGCAGUAAUGUAAAAAAAAAAAAAAAAAUAGUUUUUGGUUUCAGUAAAUUGGCAAACAUGAAACAGCACCAGUGUUGUCCUAAUGUUUGUGUAGAAAUUGCUUUGGUGUGUCCUCAAAGAAACAUUUGAAAAUACGCACCUUGUUUUGCUCUACAUACAUUUCAGAGUGAUGCUCUGUAGGGGGGAGUAGUGUAUUUCUAUGCUGAUUGAGCCUUUUGCUCAGGGAAAUAUACUUAAUAAGCCAAUGCACAAUUAUUUGUUCUUGUGUGUGUUUUUUUUUUAAUGCUUUCUUCCUGUUUAACAUGUUGAAAAAAAGUGUGUUGAGAAUGUCUUCCAUACAGCAGUACUGUACGUCAUUUGCUUUUCACAUUUUGUUCGUUAUUGAAACUGUAUUUCUCCCGAUGUGCUAAUGGAUGGGUAUUUGACAGCUAGACGCACACACGGGUGUUGUGUUGGCACAAAGUUGAAAGUUGUCUGUAUCAAAUGCUGUUGCUCCGCCGCCACAGAUAAAAUCUGUGAUUAGUGUAUUUCAUGAUGUAAUUUCUUCUGUCCUCACUGUUGUCCUGACUUGUCUGUGAUGUUGAGGGCGUAUGAUUUAGUCACUAACACCCUUCUGUCUAGCUGUACAGCGUUUGUCCAUGUGUAUGAAAAUAAAACAGUUGCCUCUU